AUGAGCGAUGUUAAGUUACCAACGAUGAUCACCAUAAAGUCUAAGAGUAAAUCAGAUGCGGAUAAGGUAGCUGUCAAUGGUUCCAUUGAUAAACGACUAGAAUCCAGUUCAAACAAGUUGGAUAACGAUGUAGCUUCUGUCGAUCAUUAUACGAAGAAUGGCACCUUCAACAAAGAUGAUUAUCGUAACAAGACUACCGGAUCAUAUUACAGAAGCAACAGAGUUUUAGUAAAGAACAGAUCUUAUAGUGGUGACCAAGGAUUUACUUCACGUAAAUAUUGUGAUGACAUUCCUAAAAGACGGGAUGAAUCAUUUGACUCCAGAUCCAUGUAUUAUUCCAAUUAUCGUAAUGAGUCUUUUAGUAACAAUGGGCCAUCCGAGGAUUCAAAAAUUUCAAAGAUUAUUAGGAAAAUAUUAAAUGAGGAAGAUACCAGAACACUUAUAACAUUAUGCAAUCAACUUCAAGAAGUUUUUGUUCUGCCUGAGAAUAAAAAAUAUAUUAGACGAUCUAUUGAUAACAUAGUUGAACACCUUUAUGUAUGUUUUCAUUCAACUACAAUUUCAUAUAAUGGCAAGUGCACUGUUGCUAAAUGUUUAGGAAAAUUUGGACAUGCUUUACAAUAUGAUUGUAAAAGGUUUAUUGAUUUGAUGUUUAUUAAGUAUAAUUCAGAACGUAGUAAAGAAGUUAAAACUUUGAUAAUGCUGGCCUUCUAUGAGUUAUCAAUGGUUGAUCAGAAACGGUCUUAUUUGGAAAGUUUGGCAUCGCUUAUACUGGAGAACAUGUACUUGACUUUAGAAUCAAUUGAUUCACCUGAAUUAAUUACAGUCACUGCUGAUGUUGCUAUAAACUUUUCCCGUGUGUACUGCCGAGCUUUCGAACCUUACUUUAAGGACACAGUGGACAUAUUAGUUGGUUGGCACAUUGAUACUUCUCAGUCUACAGAAACAAAUAAACGUAUAUCACAAUGCAUUUUUCGUUUAUCAACUUAUUGGACUGCUGACAUGAGCUUCACUCUUGGCUUACUUGAACAAUUAUUAGAAGAUAUGUCUUCAAUAUCUGACAGUUUUGAGGAUAAUAACAAAACAAAAAAACUAAGUGAAGAUUUAGAUAAAAUUUUAGCAUUUAUAAGAGUAUUUAGUAUUGUGGCUGAAAGUGUUGGAAAACAUUUAAGUCCUAAAAGUUCAUCUGUUGUGUCCUGGCCUUUUUUAAGUAAUGCACUAAUGACUAUAAUAAAGACUCUGCUUAAAUGUGUAGAUGUAACUGUUGAUGAAAAUAUUAUUGAAGCUGCUAAUAACUGUAUUUGGUUGAUUCUGGAUAUUCUUCAAUCACAAAUGCCUUCAAUUAAUGACUUAAUGAUAAAAGUCAUUGAAAAAGAAAUGCUACAUAUUGAUGAGUUCAAGUUAACUGUUAUUGUUUCAAUAUUCAGAGUGAUUUCAAAGGUUAUACGAGAAGGAAGUACAAAUCUAUCUAAAGAAUUUGUUGAGAUGUUGUUAUGUGGUGAUUCACACUUACGUCAAUUGAGAUUUUUACCAUCUGUGAAAUUACAUGAUUCAAAUAUAGCACUAUACCAAAGUUUAUUAAGUAUGAAAAAUGUUUCUCUGGUGCUCAUAGUUUACAGGUAUAUCACAGGAGAUUUGGAAAAAGCUUGCCAAACAUUAGACCCUAAUCUGCCAUCAUUUUGUGUUGAUAAUCCAUUUAAAGACAUUGAAUAUACCCUUGAAGAAGCUUCCAUUGUUGUUCAUAUAGUUUUAAAAAGUCUAACAGUUAUAGCCAAUGACAGUAAUUCUAUUAUUGGUAUGUGGGCACUACAACCAAGUAUUUUUGAACUAUUAUCUACAAAGUUAGAUCCAACUAUUAUCAAAAUGAACGACCCUCUGCGUUUUUCAUUAAUGUUCUUGUUAUAUUCUCAUUGUAAAAAGCAUAACAAUUUUGUUGCAAGUAGCCGAUUAGUGACAGCUGGAAGAACAAGUGAAAAGUCUCAGCAAAAUGUAGAAAUUAAUUCUCAUAAGAGUGGAAACCUUGUGAAAAUCUUAAAUAUCUUUGAAAAAUAUUUGAAAAUGAAUGUAAAUGUGGAUUGUAAGCUAUUGGUUUUGAAAUGGAUAUAUGAAUUACUGAUGCAUGCUGAUAGUGCUAGUUACUUGAAUAUAAUUUUACUUUCACCAGAAAUGAUUAAUAUUGUGCGUUCUUUAAUAUAUGUAGCAUUAAAGCGUAAUGAAAUUUCAUUAUUUGACGGCAUAGCGCAAAUAUUAAAUAUUGUUCUGGGAAACCCUACAUUCUGCCAGUCGAAGCCAUUUAUAGUUGUUGACAUUUUAGACUUAUGUCUUUCAUGUAUCAAUCUUACUGAACAUGCUAUUAGCAAACAAUUCUAUGCCUUAAUUCAUAAAAUAUCCCUGAUUACUGUUUUACACAAUGUAUCAAUCUGUUCGCUGAAAAACAAAAGCAAAUUUAAUAAGAAAAUCAAUCAAAUGAUGAGUUCCCAUAUGAGAAGAAAAGCUGUUGUUACAUUAAAAACUGAGUAUUUCAAAAAUUAUGUGUGUGAAAUGAUUGAACCUAACAGCAAUAAUAAUGAUUCUACCACCCAUUGGUUAUUAGAUGUAGUAAACAGUUGUUCUUUUGACAUUGAUAGUGGCGAGACUGAACUUUUAUCUCAUGCUCAACACUGUCGUGUUUUAUUAUAUUUUUGGAUUAACUGGGAAGCAGCUAAUUUUUGUGUUAUAAAUCGUCUUCGUACUCCAUUUGGAAAGCCAAAUUCUACUUUUAGAGCCAUUGAAGGUGGAAUUAAAAUGUGGGCACGAGAUUCAAUAUCAGCAUUAAAUGAUGAUACAAAAGUUAAACACACAGAAGGCAAAUUAAAUAAUCUUAGAUAUACUAGAAAUUUAGUGGCAUUCAUAGAAUGUUUAGAGAAAUCUGUUUGCAAUGCUAUUGAUGGUACUGCAACUGCUCUACCAAUUGCACAAAAACCGGUUAGACAUUUUUUUCAUACAAAUCGUAAUACUUGUUAUGAAUGGAAUUCAACAAUACGCAGUGCAAUGCUUGCUGUAUCCUUAAAUUCUGGUCUUAGCUCUUCAGCUAUUCGUCAUGGUCAAUAUUUAGUUCAUCAUUUAACAAAACAGAGCGAAUUUCCAGUUAAAGAGUUUAUUUUAGCUAUAAUUCAAUUAGCUUGGGCUUAUUGUAAACUUAAAGAAUCAGAUUGCAUUCGUGGGCUUUAUGUGUGGUCUAAAGAAGUUGCACACAUGAAACUUCCAUUUUUGAAUAUACUUGCUGAUCAGGCUAGUGGAAAAUUUGAAGAAGCAGCCGAGUCAUAUAUGAAUUUGCUUACUACAAGCUCAGAUCAAAUAAUAAUAUACCUUAAAGGUGGAGGAGGUUCAAUUAAUAAUUUUGAAGGCCCUUUAGAAGUUUUACAAAAAUUCAUCAUUGAACAAUUAAAAGAAUGUUAUAUGUCAAUUUGUGACUGGAAACCAUUAAUGGAUUGGUCACAAAACGAAGAAAAUCUUAUACCAUCAAUUGCAAAAGAUAAAUAUUUUUGGCAAAAUAGAUAUGUCUCUGCUAAUAAUUUGCAAAUUGUUAAUGAUGUCGAAGAAGGAAAUUACAGUUGCAUUGAUGAUUUAGUUAAUUGGUCUAUUGAUGAAAAUGCUAAAAUAGUAAAAACAAACUGGAAUUGCUAUGAUCUUAUAAAUCAAAUUAAAAGUCGGCUGAUGUAUGUUGUAUUGAAAAUGAAUAUUUCUAAAGGAAAAUUAGAUACUGAAAACAAAUUAAUUGUUGAAGACUGUCGAGAAGUAGUACAGAAUCUUCUACAAGAAAGUUUAACAGACAGUCUUUUGGAGUAUACACAAGAAGUAUCUGUCCUAUCUUAUGCAAUAAACUCACUCUUAGAAAACAGCCCUAUACUAUUUAAUUUGGUUAAUGAUAUAAGUAAUAAAUCAGUAAGAUCUAAUUUACUAUGUCAGUCAUUGUUGUGGAGUAAACUUCUAGAAAAUCAAAUGUCAGAUUAUGAACACAAUAUUCAACAAAUAAAUAAACCAAAAUCUGACACAUCAAUAUUAUAUUUAAAGUUGGCUCAUGUAGCCCGCAAAGAAGGCAAUGUAAACCUUGCUACACGGGGAAUGCUUCAAUACUUACGAUCAAAUAGAGCAUAUGAUUUUAUAAAUCUACCCUCUAUGGGAAACAAAUCUGAAUCUAUUUCAUGUAUGCUACAACAAAUUGGAGAACUUCUUGUGGAUGAUACAAAUUCAUCACUAUGGCCAAAUAAUCAUGCUUUAGUAGUGAGGCAGUUCUCUAAACUUGUCCAUCAUUGUGUGUCACAAGAACUGGGGAUAGAAAUGUGCAUGAAAUCGGCAUUUAAGUUAUUGGAACAAGCACAAUUCAAGAAUGACAAUGAUCUUAAAGAAGAUAGUUCUCGAAUGUUAAUUACAUUAGGAAAAUGGUUAAAUUGUGGAAAUAAUAUUCCUGACAAAACACUUAUUAAGUCAUCUAUUGAAAAAUCUGAUAUCCUAUUGAAUUUUUCAAAUGAAAAUUUAUCAAAAACUAGCCAGUUAAUUCGUGAAGUCAUAAAAUCUGAUUAUACGCCUUCAAGUGAUUUGGAUGAACAAACUUUGAUGAUUGGUCAGCUUUUAAGAAUUUCAGUAUCAUAUUGUCCGUCAAUGGCUAAAGCAUGGAAUGAAUUAGCAGGCUGGUGUUAUAGAUUAGGCCGUAGAGUAGUGGAUGAAGCGUAUAAACGAAAUACAUAUCUGUUGAAUGAUACAGAGAUGGCUACUAUAGAUGCUUAUAUUCCUUUCAACGCUACACGAGAGGAUCGAGACAAAAUAUAUAGCAUUCUUAAUGUAGUUACAUCUUCGCCGCAAGAUGAUGAUGAUAUUGGCAGUGAACAUAUUUAUACUACUGAAACACUGGAAUAUCAAUUACAGAAUGUUUUACACUUUGAAGAUAUAGAGCUUUCUGGAUUAAUUGAUUGGUGGAGAAAAUCUCAUUCGAGGAUUUAUGGAUAUUAUCAAUUAUCUGCUCAAGCUUAUUUUAAAUACUUACAGUUAUGUAACAAUCAUCAGGAGGAGUCUAUUGCAGCAACAUUGAGAUUAUUACGUCUUACUGUUAAACAUGCUCUUGAACUUCAAGGUUCAUUAGAAGAAGGCCUAAGCAAUACACCAACACAGCCAUGGCGUUCGAUUAUACCUCAACUAUUUUCAAGACUUUCCCACCCUGAACCUUAUGUCAGACGUACCGUGUCUGAAUUACUUUGUCGUUUAGCAAUUGAUGUGCCCCAUUUGAUUACGUUCCCUGCAGUUGUUGGAUCUGAUACCGGUCUCAGUACUAUAAAUGAAAUACCUUCUUCAAGUUUGUUAAAAUCUAGUAAAGAGGUUGGAGAUGAAACAAAUUCAGUACAUGAAGAAUUUGAUAGUAAUGAAGAAGACGAUGAGGAUUUAAAAAUUGGACAAGAUGAACAGGCUAUGGUGUUGGAAGACUGUUUCCAUUCAAUGGUCAAUACACUAUCAAAACAGGCCGGUGAAAUGAUUUCUGAAGUACGGGUUUUAGUGUCUGAAUUGAGGAGAAUUACAUUAUUGUGGGAUGAAUUAUGGUUAGGAACAUUAGUGCAACGUCAAACCGAUAUAAGUAGGCGUAUUAGUCAACUAGAGGCUGAGCUAAACAAAACUGAAAAUCAUCCACAUCUUACAGAUCUAGAAAAAGAACACAUUUCUGUUGAAAAAUACACUAUGUUACUUAAACCAAUUCUUUUUAUAUUUGAACAAUUACAUGCAAUUACUUCUGUUAAAGCUGAAACCCCUCACGAAGAAUGGUUUCAAGAUAAAUUCGGGUCAUAUAUUACUCAUAUGUUAGAUAAAUUACGAAGACCUACAGAUUCAGUUAACAUAAAUGUACAAGAAGUAUGGAAGUCUAUAAAAAAUUUGCAGAGCAAUCUACAAUCUCGCAUAAGCAAAAGAGGUUCAUAUUCUUUGAAAAUGGAAACAAUUAGUCCUGUCCUUGCCAAUCUUAAAGAUACAAAAAUUGCUAUGCCAGGCGUUGAACGAGUUGUUACAGUUGCUUCCAUUCAUAAUAAUGUGGCAAUUUUACCUACAUUUACUAAACCAAAGAAAUUAAUAUUCUAUGGAUCUGAUGGCAAAGUUUAUACAUACUUGUUUAAAGGUUUAGAAGAUCUACACUUAGAUGAACGAAUAAUGCAACUUUUAUGUAUUACUAAUACAUUGCUUAGUGGGUCUUCUGAUCAUUAUAGAGCUCACCAUUAUCCAGUAAUACCACUGGGACCAAGAUCUGGUUUAAUAUCUUGGGUAGAUGGUGUUGUACCUAUAUUUAUGUUGUAUAAGAGAUGGCAACAAAGACAGGCUUCUAACAAUGAUGGUGUGAAUAUGCGUCCCUCAGAAUUAUUUAACUCCAAAUUAACACCAUUAUUGAAAGAAAAAGGAAUUGUCAAUAUGGAAAAUAGAAAAGAAUGGCCAUUAAGUAUUCUAAAGGAUGUGUUAGUAACUUUGAUGAAUGAAACGCCAAAAAAUUUGCUUUCAAAUGAACUAUGGACACAAAGUGUUGAUUCUGGUUCUUGGUGGCAAUCUACAUCAUUAUACGCAACAUCGUUGGCUGUUAUGUCUGUAAUUGGUUACAUUAUAGGCUUGGGUGAUAGACAUUUAGAUAAUGUACUUGUUAAUUUACAAACUGGAGAGGUAGUACACAUUGACUAUAAUGUAUGUUUUGAGAAAGGUAAAACAUUACGUGUGCCAGAAAAAGUUCCUUUUAGGUUAACUCCAAACUUAAAAGAAGCUCUCGGAGUUACAGGGAUUGAGGGUAAAUUCCGUUUAACAUGCGAACAAGUGAUGAAAGUAUUGAGAAAAAACAAAGAAACUUUAUUAACAUUGUUAGAAGCAUUUGUUUAUGAUCCUCUUAUUGACUGGACCCCUGGUAAUGAAACUGGAUACACAGGUGCUGUAUAUGGUGGAGGUCGAUCAAUUGUAAUGGAAAAUCGAUUAAACAGACGACAGCUAGAAAAAGAAAUUACAUUGGCUAUGCUUAAUGUGCGCAUUACAGAAGCCAAAUUUGAUUGGUUAAGUAAUAGGGAUAAUAUGUUGGAAUCAAUGACCAAUAUUAUGGAAAGUUUAAAGAAAUUUUUGAUGGAAAGAGAAAAGCUACAAAAGAUGGAAGAGGGUUUAGCCGAAAGUCAUCAGCUCAUGGCAUUGGUUAAAGAAGCUGAAGCAUCACCAGCUGGUCAACAUCCACUGUAUAAAUUGCCAGAACGAUACUUUGCAUUACAACAAACCCAGAAUAUGAUGAUUGGCGCUACAAUGUCACUAAGACAAAAAGUUGAAGACUGUGAUUCACGGUUGUCACAGUAUGAUAUGGCUGUACAUUUUCUUGGAAGUAGGCAAAUUCGUAUAUUAAUUGAUCAAGAAGAGUCAAGGUCAAUUCAAUUAUUUAACAACCUUUUAUUUGACGAUGUGAAAGAGUUUUUACAAAAUGCUGGCCAACCUAUUUUAAUUGAACAAUGUAUACAAUCAAAUGACGAUUUAACACUUUUAUGCCACCAAAGAAGCAAAUUGCUCACGUUGUGUUUAAGAUUGCUUUACGAUGUACAAUGUUUGUUGAAUCUGUUUCCAAAAUCGCAUGUUCGUAAUCAUCGGCUAACAUAUUAUAGACAAUGGUUACAAUUGCUAAUGGAUUGUCCAACAACAUCAAUGUGUGAUCAAAUAAAAGAAGAACAUAAAAUGCUAUAUUUAGGUGUUCCUAAUGCUGAACCCCCAACACCGCAAACAGUAGCAUAUAACAUGCAAUUACAGCAAGCUGCUCUAGAAGCAAGUCAUAGAACUGCUAAAAUUGUAGAACGAAUAAGAAUAAUUGACACAGAAAAUGAAAUAACUUGUUCAUUGUUAAAUGAUGAAAAUUCUAUCAUUAAAAUAAAUGAAAACUCAAAUGAAGGCCUAGAAUUUGUUAUUGCUACUGGUUUAUGUGCAAUAAACAAAAAGUUUUUAAUGAUGGAGACUUCUACAUCAAAUGCAGGGACACAGCUAUUAGAUAUGACUUCAAAAGAUGGAGAAUGGGUUUUGGUUGACAUGUAUAUGACUACUACUAUUGCAGUUAAAAUGGUCUCAUCCAUUUUGACUGAUAAUGAUAAUGUUGAAUUUGAUACUGAUUUAGCCUUUGCCUUCAACUGUUUACGUGCAAUACAAAACCUUUACUGUAGCCUACAGAAAAUGAACUACAAUUUUUUGGAUAUCAUAAUGCCAGAAACUAUUAAGAAAUUAUGUGUGGAAGAACCAAGUACAAUAACUAUUAUCACAGAGUUAAAUAAUGUGAUAAACAAUUGUUCAUUGAACUUCAGUGACUUGAUAGAACAACUCAAUGUUCAUCUUAGACACGUGAUAAUGGGAAUGAAGUCCCCAAAUGAAGAUUGUCGAACAAUUGUACAACAAGUACGAACAAAAUUUGCUGAAUUGAUAAAAAAACCAGAAAAUGUAGUAUUAUCUCAAGGAGAGAUGCUUUUAAUUGGCUUUAAUGGUCUUUUUGAAGAUGUAUCUUUGGCUAAUGAAAAUGUCAUUAAAAUGACAUCCAAGCUCAAAGUUUCUACAGCUUGGAAAACCGUCGAUCAAAUUAGAGAAGCAAAAUCAUUACUUGGAGCUGUUAUGGAUGAAGGCCCUUGCAGCAUAUUAGAUGAUAUAAUGUUCUUGAAGUCUCUUCUAACUAUGAAAGAAGUUUUCAACAUGUGUGCUGAAGUAGCAAUUAACUUUGGAGGUAGAAACACACAGUGUCGUAGUGGUUCUCGCUAUAAUGAAGAUGUGAUAUCCAAGCCCGUGAGAUGUUUUGUUGCUGAUUAUUUAACUAAACGAUUAUUAGGCCUCUUUUCACACACAGUGGCUGUGAAUAUUUGCUUUUUAUUGCAACAUACCGGGUUCAAUAUCAAUGCUGAAUUAGAAAAACGAGAUAUUGGAGCAGAUAGUAAAGUUCCUUUAGAAGAACUCUGCAAAAAGUGUAUGGAAGAAGGAAUUAAAGUUGGUAAAUUUAGUCGUGGCCAAUCGAUGGAUUUAUCAUCUUCUUUGACAAAAUUAGAAGAAGUUUGGAGAAAAAUUGAACGACACACUCAUUUGACACACAGAGCUCAUCAAUCAGACAUUGGUGCACAAAGAUUGGCCAUACAAUAUGCAGCCCAUUGUUGGCUCCAUGCUAUCCCAGCUGCUGGACAUUUGGAUAACUUGCUCAUUCCUGAUCGUGGUACAAUUUUGAUGGAAUUGAACAAUAUAUUAUCGCCAUUGGCAGUAAUGCAAUCUCAAAUUAUUGAACACAUGGAACAUAGAAGUUCAUUAACAUCGAGUGUUGAUCAACGUUUAAAAUGGGCUUCAGGGGCAAACCCAACUGUUGUAGAGAUGGCUAAUAAUUUUGGAAACAGAAUGAAACAUGAAAAAUUAAUGAUUGACACCAACCAAAACUUAUGCAGUUCUAUAUUGACAGUAGUCAGUUCUCUGUUGCAAACAGAAUCAUUAUUCACCCGUACUUCAGAAGCUAUUUCUGCUGAUAUUUCAUUUUUACAAUUGGUCGAAGAUUAUCAGAAAGCAUGUUACAUGGCUACAAAUAUUGGUAUAUCAAUAACGCCAGAAGAAGAAACCCUUAUUAAAGUAGUCCCUAUACCUCAAGGACCUAUUGAGUGGACUUGGUUGAACAACACAGUUCACAUUAUUUCUGACAAUGUUCAACAAUUAAUGGCUGCCCAAGAACCGCUCAGAUCAGAAAUUGCUUGUAUUCAAAUUUUGAUUAAAGAACAAUUGAAUGUUCUUAAAUCCACUUUGACAUCCCAUAAUAAAAUAAUAUCGGAUGUUCGUUUAUUAUUAAAGUCAUUGACAAAAAUUGAUAAUGUUGGUACAGCUAGUAUAAAUUAUUUAACAAAAUAUUGUUCUUAUUUAGACCAUUUAAUGUCUUUAAUUGAACAAUUAACAAUAAUUAAUGAACCAACUAUUCAACAAGUGAAUGUUUUGCUCGAAUCAAUUCAAUCACUUCACAAAAAAACACCACAAAUUUAUGAUGAUUUAUUAACAAUCUUGGGUGAAAAAGGAUUACUUAUAAAACAGCAUAAACGUCCACCUUUGGUACGUCAGGAUAGCAUUUGUUUAUCACCAAGAAAAGGAUUACCAAGAGAUCCCCAUACAGGAAAAGCGGUUCAAAAGUGUAACGCAUACGCUGUAAGCGUUUGGCGACGUGUAAGAAUGAAACUUGAAGGUAGAGAUCCAGAUCCUGGUCGAAGAUCAACUGUUACUGAACAGGUUAAUUGGGUGAUAAAUGAAGCCACGAAUCCAGACAAUUUGGCACUGCUGUAUGAAGGCUGGACACCGUGGGUGUGA